AUGUCUAGUUCUACCAACAAAUCAUCUACAACUCUCGUUAGCAAUCUUCCUCCCACAUCGUUAGAAGCCAUCCUUCGCUCCGCGCGCACUCUCUACAUCGGCAAGGAAGAACGUGGAAAACACUCGCUCACUGACGCACUCCUACAUCCAUACGCCGCAGACGGCAGUCCCCUCCCUCUCCCCACGCACGCAUCACAUGACGACCUCUUGGACGCCUUCUGGCGCCUCCCAGGCGACACUCUUUCGAAGACCCACGUCAUACUCCACAAUCUCAGCUCGGAAGAUGCAUGGGAAUGCCAGUCAAGCCCUCCUCUUAGCAGAUGCCUCAACAUCAUCCAGAGCGCACGCAAGCUGAGCGUUGUGUGGGCUUUGGAUGGCCGUGGAAACCUAUUGGAAGAGCCGAGCGAGGAAGCGUCGGAGCUGAGAACGGAGCGCGAUGAACAGAUAUUGAUGUAUUUUCUCUUCGCGCAGAAGCUGCGCAGUAUCACGUUCCUCGUACUCGUGGAUGGCAUAGAGGAUGUUAUGAGGGACGUGCGGAGGGCCUUGGCUCCUUUCGACGUGCCGUUGGGCUGUACGCUCGAGAGCAAUGCGCUCGACGAACCGUAUCUGCCGAGGAAUAACUCCCCAACGUGGGAGCCUCCUGAGGGCCACAUUACGGCAUACGAAAUCGAGUUCCGCAGGAUUCAGCCACUGAAUCCAGGCCCUUUGUCUUCUUGCUGGCCCAACUUCUCUCCAGACUCUAGUCCUAUCUUCAUCCCCCCACUCCACCAGCCUUGCUCCGAAAUGCAAGCCGUGCUGGAUACAACAGCCCUUCUCGCUCUUCUCCGUGCUCCAGUUGCGCGGAGGCUUAAGGGAAAACCACCGCUGGGACAUACCAUGGCGGGGAUAAUGGAGGCUCAAGACGAGAUAUUCGGUUUCACCGACGUUGGAGAAGACUAUAGGAUGGAUAAAGAGGGGGGUGUAAUCAGUGGGUGUCCGUGGUGGUGGAGCUUCGAGGAAGGAUUUAGGCGCUCGUCGGGUCCAGUUCAGUCCGACGAGAUCGCACCGGGUGAAGUACCGAAGAGGGCUGGCCGAGCUUCAAACAGCCGUCCAGUCGCUUCAUCCAGUCGCCAGGACUGCCGCACCACCACUGCUGCGGUCAGACAUCGGGACGAUAGCACAGUAUCUCCGAUCAUAGGAGCACAGGAAUGA